CGUGGAAAUAAGUUGCAGGUGGACGGACAGCUAGUGUGAACGCGAGAGCGAGCCCCUGUUCUUCUGAGCCGAGCGGCGUGUGAAUGGGCAGAAAAGUAAUGGCAGGCAGCUGCAGCAGCAGGCAGGAGGCUGCGGCGAGAAGAAAAGCGAGGCCAGAAGGUCGCGUCCCAGAGCAAGCAAGCGGGCAAAUCAAAGCGAGAAAGGAGAGCCCGCACCGCCGCGCGUCACGGGCGUAUCAUCAGGGAUCGCUGUAGCUACAGGGCGGAGGCGGCGGGAUGAUGGAGGCGGGCGUAGGAGGAGGAGGGUUUAGGGACGAGAGGGUGCCGCCGUGGGGCACGCAGGAGACGCGCGAGCUGAUCGCGGCGCGCGGGGAGCUGGAGCGGGAGGCCGCUGCUGCUUCCGCCGGCGCCGCCGCGAGCCGUAGCGCCAAGACGCUCUGGGAGGCGGUGGCGGCCAGGCUCCGGGCGCGCGGGUACCGCCGCACCGCCGACCAGUGCAAGUGCAAGUGGAAGAACCUCGUCAACCGCUACAAGGGGAAAGAAACAUCUAAUCCGGAAAAUGGUAGACAGUGUCCCUUCUUUGAAGAAUUACAUGCAGUCUUCACUGAACGUGCUAGAAAUAUGCAACGGGAACUCCUUCAGUCUGAAUCAGGGGCUUCAGUUAAAAUGAAACUAAAGCGAACCAGUGAUGACCGGUCAUCCGGGGAGUCUGAUGAUGAGGAAGAUGAAGUUGAAGUAAGCGAGGAUGAGAAACCCAUGCGAAGCAGAAAGCGGAAGGCUGGUGAUAAGGGGCAGCAAUUACGACGAACAGUGGAAAAUUCAAAUACGGGCAGGUCAAGCAUCCGUGACCUGUUGCAUGAUUUCCUGGUUCAACAACAACACAUGGAUAUCCAGUGGCGUGAGGUGAUGGAGCGACGUGCCCAGGAACGGCUCGUUUUCGAACAAGAAUGGAGGCGGUCGAUGCAGAAGCUGGAGCAGGAGAGGCUGAUGUUGGAGCACUCAUGGAUGGAACGAGAGGAACAGCGGAGGAUGAGAGAAGAAGCAAGAGCUCAGAAAAGGGAUUCCCUCCUGACCACCCUACUGAACAAACUCUUACAAGAUCUAUAGAAGGUGAAGCUGCUUCACCAAUGGAUAGAUAAUGUAGUAGAUAGCAUUCUUACGAUGUUUCAUCGAUUCUUUUUAGCUCUUGCACAAUUUGUCCAAAAGAAAAUGUUUCUUGUAGCAUAUUAGCAAGGGCUAUUUCCAAUUCUUUAGUGGUGUAAUCUUGAUGAACUAUUUUACUAGGGAUGUAACAGAUGUCUGAUAGGUGGUCUACUGAUCUGGAACAAUUGAAUCACGAUUCGCAUAGCUUA